AUCAGUGACCCGGGGGGAGGUUCUGAGAUGGAGGGGGCUGUACGCGAAACGCGGCUGCAAAGGGAAAGAGAACACUAUCUGAAGGUGGACCAGACUUCGGCUUGACUCAGAUCCUCGCAGCAUAAUGUCCUCCGAGGAGAUUUACAUGACUUACCGCGGAUAUAUUGUUCCUAAAGAGACUCACUCCUUAGAGAGCCUGAAGUUUGCACAGGAGUUCACGUUCAAAGACAGUGAUGUCGUGGCUGUCACGUUCCCGAAGUCAGGUACAGUCUGGAUGCAGGAGAUCCUCCCUCUGGUGUUGAAUGGUGGGGACCUGACGCCGAUCCACACCAUUCCUAACUGGGACAGAGUGCCCUGGCUGGAGGAAAAAAGAUUGGCGGUUGUUGUGGAUCAGUUGUCAUCUCCACGGGCGCUGGUCACUCAUUUUCCCUACCACCUCAUGCCCCCGUCCUUCCACACCUCCAAAGCCAAGGUGAUCUAUGUCAUGAGGAAUCCAAAGGACGUUCUGGUGUCUUCGUACUACUUCCAUCAGAUGGCUGGAUUCCUCGACGAUCCGGGAACUUUUGAUGAGUUCAUGGAGAAAUUCCUGGAAGGCAGAGUGCUGUUCGGAAAAUGGACAGACCAUGUGAAGAGCUGGAGACACACUGAACUGGGGGACAGAAUCAUGUACAUCACAUAUGAAGAAAUGGUGCAGGACCUGCCUGCAGCUCUCAGGCGUAUUUCAGAUUUCCUGGGCAGUAACCUGAGUGAAGAGACUGUUCAGAAGAUAGCAGAGCAUUGCUCCUUCAAUACCAUGAAGGCCAACAACAUGUCCAACUUCAGCCUGGUCCCAAAGCAAUACAUGGACUCCAACAAGUCUCCAUUCUUCAGGAAAGGUGUUUCUGGGGACUGGAAAAAUCACUUCAGCUCAGAGCAACUGGCCCGAUUCAUUUCAGUCAUUCGCAAAGAGAUGGAGGGUGAGAGCUUCUCUCUGCCGUGGAGUCUGGAUUGAUCAGCAGCCAGAGAAAAGACACAGAGGGAGAAAGAGGUCUGUGCACAUCAUACAUGCCAGAGUAGGAAAUUGGUGUUAACUUUUGGUUUUCAUACUAGACAUUUGAUAAUAAAAGAACAUUUUACUGACGUUUUUAAUCUAGUAGUCAUCCACCAUCUCCACCAGGAUUUGCGAUAGCUGCAGAGCCUGUUAGCAGUUCUCAGGAUGGUCUUGCACACGUAAUAUAUUAGGCAUUAAAAUAGGAUAUAUAUAUAUAUUAGGUUGACUGAUUAAAGCAGUUUUGUCUGGCCAGGAAGUGAAUGCUGCAUCCACAAAAGUUCAGCCUGCACAACAAAUAAUUUCGUGCAAUUUACAUUAAACCACGACAUUGAGGAAAUGAUGACGAUGAUCAUUUGGAUCUUAUGAGCAACAUAUUGCUUAUUAUUUAACAUGAUUAAAACAAUAGCACUACGAUUGCUGGCUUCUCACUAAUUUGCAUAUCAUCACAAGUUCCUUUUCCUUUUUUGUUACUUUGUUAUUUUUUGUGCUAAUUGCUUUAUAACUGCCUAGUAAGUACUUUUUAAUUUUUGACAUUUUUUUUCAAACCACAAAUGAUUCUAAUGUUAGGACAUAUAUUUUCAUAAAAUGCAGGUGAUUUACCCAUCUGUGUAUGUGUGGGGACAAACUACUUCCCUGUGAUCAUUUGGAAAACAGCGUUUUACUUUAGCUCAAUUUUCCAAAUAGUUUAAAUUUGCUGAACUAUUGGCUAAAGAAACCUAAGAGACAAAAAUGUUGUUUAUCAAUUUCUUAUUGGGUUUUAUUCGAUUAUAAUUAUUUACUCACUUUUAUAUUUAUUAACUUUUUCUUAUCACUAUGAUUGAGUCACUGUUUUUGAAUUAUUAUUGGAUUCAUUUACACUCCUUCAAUAUCUCAAUUUGUAUUACUUGGUACACACCUGCUUUGGCCUUAAUUAAAAUUUAUACAAAUGGACAAGUCACAUCUACUUUUUUCCAGAGGUGUUCUCUGUCAGUGAUCUGUCUGUUAAAGUGAGUUAGUUUUGGUUGGCCAGAAGACAAAUCUUUUUAUAAGUUGGGUGCUUAACGGUAAACCUCUAAAUGCAUCACUGUGAGUUAAAUAAUGUUGCAAAGCUUUCCAUGAUUCACUCUUUCCAGUCAUGAUGAGUAAGAGAAAACCUCCUCUCACUGCUUCUCAUACAAACAUAGGUAUCUGUUUUCAGCAGACAAGCUCAGACAUGCUGAGCACAUGCCAGCUGUCAAACAGCGUAAUAAAAACAACAAAGUAGAAAUAAGUAAAGUAUAAUCCAGAUGAUUUAAUGUACAUUUACAUACAGACGAGAGAUAAAAUGAACAGGCCUUUGUUUCAUAGUGUCAUGUCUGUGUUUGUGUGUUUGUCCUGAAAUCUUUUUGCCUUUCAAUUCUAAUCAGUGUCAAAUGGAAAACUGAGACGUAAAUCAACAGUACACACACAUGUCUAUGGAUGAACAGUGGGGCCUGUGUCUCUUUGACUCGAUUAUCUGUUUAUUAUGAUAAACAGAUUGACUCUUCAGCUGUGUGUUAUGUUAACCACCUGACAUCCACUCCUGGGUUUUCCUACAGUGGCAAUACAUCAGAGCAGUUAUGUACAGUGUUUUUGUGUACUUUCAAAAAAACAAGGCAAACAUGUC